UGUCUCGCCAGGUUAUUCAUAUUAUUGAGUGCCUGAAUAUUCAUAGUUGAUAGUUCACUGCACAGUGGUUACUUGUGGUAUUGUUAUUAAGAAAAUAAAUACUAGCCUCUCGAACUUGUCAUUUAAAAUACCUUGUUAACGAAAUAGUUCUACUAUACGACGUGCUUGUGAAAAUUCAUUAUUUGUGAAUUUUUUUACUAAAAAUAUAAUCGAUGAAUUCUUACUUAUAGCAUAGUUAAUAUUUAAAAUACAAUUAAUAUUUCACAAAAAUGGUCGAAGCUAGCAAGUUCUGGUUUGAGAAGGCAUGCAGUAGUGCUCCUUGCAAUGUGUUAAUACAUCCAUGGACUCAAAAAUGUGGCGAUGCUACAACAACAAUGUUACUCAGUUGUAUAAAAGGGAGUUAUAAAUUUUAUGCGAUGGUUUAUCUCAUACAAAUAUUGAUGAGAGGUAAAAAACUUGGUAAAAAGGAAAUGAAAGAGCAGUUUAAAUUAUAUUUAAAAUCUGGUAUAUUUGGCCUCAGUGUUGGAAGUUCAUUUGUGACUUUGAAUUGUAUAUUUAGGAAAUUAUUCUUCAGUCAGUUUAAUUAUUACACAACUGUUCUGCUACCGUGUACCGUGAGUGGAGUCGCGGUGUAUUUAGAACCCCCUCACAGGAGAGUUUUGGUUGUCAACCUAUUUGUUAAUCUGGUCUUUGAAUACUGGCAAAGGACUUUAGAAAUGAAAGGAUGGUUCAAGAGGUCUGUUGGUAGAGAGACACUUAUAUUUAUGUUUGGUAGCGCCGUCUUAUUCUAUCUCAUGAGAAUGGAAAGAGAGAACAAUAAACGGACACCAAUAUUCUGGUUCUUUACACCACCCCGAGUAUCAAAAGAGGUCGGUGAACCCGUUCCUGGUGUUGAGGGUAGGAGUACAGCUUGUCCUCACAGAGGACCUUGCAUGAAUUAUGUUUUUAAGGGUGCAGCUCAGCUAUUUGGCGUCGGAUGCCUCAUGACGGCGCUUCGUACGGUCAUACCAAGGUUAUUGACUCCAACGAAGGCUUUGAAAUCUUUGAAGCUGUCGCAUCUGAAGCUCGGCCUGUUCUUUGGUGGAUAUAUAGGGAUAUACAGGUUAGUCGUAUGCCUUCUAUGUCGUGCGAACGGCAGGGAUAGCGCUCUAUACGCUCUGCCGGCUGGUUUCCUCGCUGGCGCCGCGUUCAGAGCAUCACCAUCUACUCCGAUAUCAUUGGCGCCUGUCACUUCAUCGCUGCAGAUACUGUUCUCAUGGCUCUACCAAAAAGGCAAAAUACCGGAGAGUUGGCCGUUGAUAGAGAUCCUGUACUGUUUGUGCCAAGGACUCUUGUUUCAUGCCAGGGUGAUGCACGAAGACGUCUGCCCAAAGUACAUAGUCAAUUUGAUGCACACCGUCACGAGCAAUAAAGCCGACGAGAUUCAAGCCGCGUUUAUACAGAGGAUGCUUAGAUUUAUGUAGACUUUAAAUUAUACUACUUAUAAUACAUUGUUUAAACUAAUCCAGUGUAAAUGGCCUUAGUGUUAGAAUAUCACUAAUCUCUUGAGGGGUCAAGUUAUAUAUGUCUUUAACCUAAAACUUUAAAAGAAGUGAUGGUUACUGCUCAUGUGGAAAGGCCUUAGCAUCAAGUAUCUCUGUUAGCUGGUUCUAUUAAUACUUAACAUUGAUAACAAAUAUUUGUUGAGACAUCCUCUUAUAAUAGUGUUGUAAAUUAUUUUAUAUUUGACUGGACAAGAUAUUGUUAUAUAUCAAACGCAUUUAAAUGACAAAAUAGUUUUAAGAUGAUACGCCUUAUGUUAGAGUAACGUCGUUUAGGUGAUAUAUAAGGCUAGUCGGUUACUCGGAGGAAGAAGCUUUUAUAUGUAAAAUAUUAUUUAUAGCGGCAUGGCAACACCGACUUGCUGUCGUUUUAUUGUCGGGUAGUUUUUUAUUUGGGUAGUCAUAUGCACAAACUAGUUAAGGGUGAAAGUCAACCAUUCGGUUAAGUGUAGUAUAAGCCACGGAACAAUCAAUGUAAUCAAUGCCGCAUUUAUUUUAAUAUCAUCCGGACGAGAACGGAAAGGCCAAAAGCGGUUUUCGGCAAAAAAACCUCACCAAUAGUAUUGAUUAUCACGAUACGUUACAUAAAGUCGCUCGCAUCAUUCCACGGAACAGUUAUCUGAACGAUAACUUUCUCUUUUCAUCAUUAAAUAAUUUAUUAAGAUUCUGUUGAUAUUCAGAGGUCUAUUUUUGGAAUAAAAUGUUUUAAAUA